UGUGUGCUAUACUGCACAAUGUACCUUGUACAGAUAAGAGUGUAACCUGGGUGAACACCAACUUUCCAGAGAGACUGUGUCCAUGUGAUUCACUGACAAAGGUACAGCUAUUUUAAAAUGUAUGAAGUGGUCUGUCUUGGCUGUAACAUAAAAUAAAGUUCUGAUCAAUAUGAUGAUCUCAUGCUAUAUAUAUAUUGCUUAGUAACUUUAUUAUUGGUACAUUCCUCUCCCCUGGUUUGACUUCCUGAUGUGGUUCAACCUCAGUCUGUUUUGAUUUGUCUCUGUAACAUGAAACAACUGUUUACAUUUUGUACACAUGUGUUACACACUACGUACUACUACAACUUGAAAUGUGUAUUCUGCCUUAUAAAAGCAUACUAGUAGGACCCCUUUGAUACUUUAUACACAAAGUACUAUACUCUCAGAAAAAAGGGUAAAAGAAAUAUAUACAUUUGUAUGUCACUGGGGCUGUUCCCUCAAGAGUCUGCCAAUUGUACCCUUAGCUGUAAGUGACUGUUCCUUAUAAGGCACAGAAAUGGACUCCAUUGAUGGUACAUUAAUGCUGUUUGUACCUUUGGGACCUUAAAAGGUACAAUUAUAAGUGUACAACCCCAAUCACAAGCAAAGGUACAUUUUUUUACCCUUUAUCUGAAAGUGUAUGUACAUUUCAUUUCAUCAUUAAGUAUUUGCUCUACAUAUCCUCAACAGUACAAAUGUGAAAAGUGGUCAGAUUCACAGAGGACCUAUAAAACAGUAUAAUAUCACCUAAUGUAUGUAUUUCAUGAUAGGAGUCAUGUUAUUUGCUACAAGUACAAGCAAAUUAACUAGGAAACACAAAGGCAUGUAGAAAACGGAAACAAAAUGUCCUUCUUCAAUGGUACAACUGCUUCGCACAUGUGCAUCACCCUUUUAAACUGUAAUAAUUCAAUACUGCAUUUGUCUUAGAUGGAAUAAUUAUAAUAUUCCACAUUUGUUCAUUAAUUUAUCAAUUAUUCAUGAAUAAUUUCAGGUAAAAUGUAAAUGUAUAUAUACAGUACAAUGUUUUAAGCGAGUUUUGCUCCACACACAGUUCUGCUGUUCGUCCAUUAAGUUAUAUGACCUAUUUACAGUUCCAGUCAUCGUCAUAGACUGUCGCAGGUAAUUCAAAAUUAAUUAUAUAUACUAUCCAUCUAGGUUGAACAGACUACGCUCUUUUCCACUUACCGUAUUUGGACAUAUAUAACUUUUUUAGUUUUUAAAUUACGCAGGAAUAUAAUCCGCUCGUUAUGGGCGGCGUUCCAACUAAAUGCCAGAUGUGUCAAGCACCUUGAUGUAGGCUAAUGACUAACGGUGCUUAAAGACAAAUCGCAGGGGCCGAGACGCUAUAAAUACCCGCGACUUGCCGUCCUUCUUCUCACAUGCCUGCGGCGCUUCGGCUCUACGCAGCGGCACUGAUCGCAUUUACAACUUUUCGCAGACCCUGAACAGGACCAUCCCGACCCUCCAGACGUCAAGGAAGCGAACAUUUCGGAAGUUCAUUUGACAAUAUGUCGGUAGUGAGCGCCUUGCCUUUCCUGAAGCCCGUCUACAUGAGACCCCCCAUCUCGCCGGGUCGCCAGCGCCGCCACACUCUGCCUGCCAGCGAGUUCCGCUCCCUCAGUCCGGAGGAUGCGAUUAGCGUGUUUGAGAUCGAAAGGGAGGCUUUCAUCUCCGUGUCCGGAGAGUGUCCUCUCCACCUGGACGAGGUCCGUCAUUUCCUCAACCUGUGCCCGGAACUGUCCCUGGGCUGGUUUGAGGAGGGACGUCUAGUGGCUUUCAUCAUUGGAUCACUAUGGGACCAAGAGAAGCUAAAAAUGGAUGCACUGACCUUUCAUAAGCCCCACGGCACGACCGUCCACAUCCACGUGCUGGCGGUGCACAGAACCUUCCGGCAGCAGGGCAAAGGCUCGAUACUGAUGUGGCGCUACCUGCAGUACCUGCGCUGUUUGCCGUUCGUGCGCCGAGCCAUGCUGAUGUGCGAGGACUUCCUGGUGCCUUUCUAUGAGAAGUGCGGCUUCAAGGCACAAGGCCCAUGCGAGAUCACCGUGGGAAUGCUGGCCUUCGUCGAGAUGCAGUUCCCGGUCAGGGGCCACGCUUUCAUGCGACGCAAUAGUGGCUGCUAACGCUUGCGGCCGGAGUGCAACGCAUACAUUUCUCAGGGUAAAGCGAUAGACCACCACAGCUGAUGGGAAGGUCUGGUUUGCCGUGUUGCAAGGCGAGCCUCUUCUGUAUCACAGAAGGUGGGCUAACAGAGCAGUGACUGCCUAUCGUCGUGGGUCACCUAGAGCAGUUUCCAGCAUUUUCCAUCCUCAGAUUGUAGUUUGUUUGUGUGACUCGGUCGCCCAGAUGUACCCCAAAGCAUUACAUACAGCGUGGGAGGGGGCAGGUGCACAAAUGCUACCACUAUAGAUAGUUAAAUCCUACAUUGUUACUUUUGCUCUUAUCUAACUAUUGUAUUUCAUUAUUGCUUUGAGAUUUUAUAUUUUGUAUAUUAAUAAAAAAAGUACAUCUUA